UCCCGCGCCGCGUGCUGCCGCGCCGCCGGUGGCUGGGACGGUCCGGCCUCGGCCAAUCACCGGGGCAGGGUCGCGGAAGUGGCCUCCUACCCGCCCCCCCACGUGUCGGGCUGAGCAGAUGGCGGCACCGCUGCGCGGGCGGCUGCGGGCGCUGGCGGCGGCGCUGGGCGGCUGCGGGCUGCUGCUGGGCUCGGCGCUGGCGGCGGGCGACGAGCGGCUCUACGCGGCGGCGAUGCCCGCGCUCCGCGCCCUCCCCCCCGAGGCCGCGCACGGGGUGGCUCUGCGCGCCGCCGCUCUGGGGCUGCUGCCUCCCGGCCGUCCCGACGGACCCGCGCUGGAGGUGCGGGUGCUCGGGCAGAGGUUCUGCAACCCGGUGGGCCUGGCGGCUGGCUUCGACAAGCACGGCGAGGCCGUGGAUGGGCUGUACAAGAUGGGCUUCGGCUUUGUGGAAGUCGGGACUGUAACGCCCCAGCCCCAGGAGGGAAACCCCAGGCCCAGGGUGUUCCGGCUGGUGGAGGACGAGGCGGUCAUUAACAGGUAUGGCUUCAACAGCCACGGCCACGCCGCAGUGGAGCGCAGGCUGCGGGCCCGCCAGGACACACAGCUCCGGCUCACUGGUGUGGGGAUGCCCCUUGGAAUCAACCUGGGCAAGAACAAGAGCUCCACUGAUGCUGCAGCUGACUACGUGGCUGGGGUCCAGACACUAGGUCCUUUGGCUGACUAUCUGGUUGUGAAUGUGUCCAGCCCAAACACACCAGGGCUGCGGGACCUGCAGGGCAAGGCUGAGCUGCAGGACCUGCUGACCAAGGUGCUGGCGGCGCGGGAUGCGCUGCCCUGUGCGCACAAGCCAGCCGUGCUGGUGAAGAUCGCUCCUGACCUCAGCACACAGGACAAGCAGGACAUCGCCAGUGUUGUCUGCGAGCUCAGUGUGGAUGGGCUGAUUGUCAGCAACACCACGGUGAGCCGCCCCAGCAGCCUCCGGAGCAGGCAGCGCUCGGAGCCUGGUGGCCUCAGCGGGAAGCCCCUGCGGGAGCUCUCCACACAGACCAUCAGGGACAUGUACUCCCUCACCCGAGGCCGGGUGCCCAUCAUCGGGGUGGGUGGUGUGAGCAGCGGGCAUGAUGCCCUGGAGAAGAUCCGUGCUGGAGCCUCGCUUGUGCAGAUGUACACAGCGCUCGUGUACCACGGGCCACCAGUGGUGCGGGCAGUGAAGCAGGAGCUGGAGGAGCUGCUGAGGGAGCAGGGCUUCAGGAACGUCAUGGAGGCGGUUGGAGCUGAUCACCGGUCCUGACAUGCUGCAGAACCAGGGUCAUGCUGGAGGAGCUCUGGACAAGCAGAGAUACCUCUGACAUUUCCGGUGCUGGGCAGGCUGGGAGUGAGCUGAGGCCCUGGUCCCAGCCUUUGGAAAGGGUCAGUGCCGAUGCGGAGCAGGGGAGGGGGGCUUCCUGCUGGUGCUGCUGUCCAGGGCUGUAUUUUGGCUCUCCUGUGGUUGGGCUUCCCAGCAGAAACCAGCACUGGGUAAGGCUUUGCUGGGCGGCAAGGAAGGCCCCUGAGGGUCAGCCCUGCUGGCUGCAAGCUGUCCUCUGCCCUGGCUCCUGCUGCAGCGCUUCCCAUGGAGGCUUGCCUUCCCCUGUGUUACUGCCAGAGCUGUGGGCCAGGCAAUGUAUGGGGUGACCCUCCUGCCUGGGACUCGCAGACCCUGCCGUUGCUGGUGCCUGGUCCUGUGCCGCAGCCCCACAGCAGGACCUGCCUUCCUCCCUUCACAUGCAGUACUGAUGAAGGCAUUGGUCCUGCCCCAGCAUGAAUAAAUGUUUGUCUACCUUG